AUGGCUCCAACAGUACUUCACCUUCGUGCCGAAGACAAACCCCUCGAGCAUAGAUCAGCUCUUACCCCUUCCACAACGAAGGCUCUCAUCGCGGCCGGCUUCAAAGUCAAUGUCGAGCGUUCUCCCACAUCUCCUAUUCGCAAGCGAAUUUUCGAUGACUCCGAAUUUGAGGAAGCCGGUGCUACCCUUGUCUCGGAGAGUAGCUGGGUUGAUAUCCCCUCCGACCACCUUGUCAUUGGGUUGAAAGAGCUUGAUGAGACCAAGGAUUUCCCUCUCAAGCAUUCGCACGUUACCUUUGCACAUUGUUUCAAGAACCAAGGCGGUUGGGAGAAGGCCCUUGGACGAUGGAGCAGAGGUGGCGGUGUGUUGUAUGAUUUGGAGUUUCUGCAGGACGAUAAGGGUCGAAGAGUUGCGGCUUUCGGCUACCAUGCUGGAUUUGCUGGAGCCGCUCUCGCCAUUAAGACUUGGGCCUGGCAGCUAGAGAAUCCCGAUGGUACUCCACUCCCAGGAGUUGAUGAAUUUACUGAUGGAAAAGGAUACUAUUCCAGCGAAGAGGAGAUGCUGGAGCAGAUUCGUGGUGAUGUUGCCAGGGGUGAGAAAAUUGCUGGUCGACGACCCCAGAUCCUAGUCAUUGGUGCCCUUGGACGCUGCGGAAGGGGUGCCGUUGAUGCUUGCGUCAAGUCUGGAUGCGAAGAUAUUCUUCGAUGGGACAUGGCCGAGACUGCGAAGGGCGGACCCUUUAUAGAGAUUGUCGAAGCUGACAUCUUCAUCAACUGCAUUUAUCUCAGUGAGAAGAUUGCACCGUUUGUUGAUAUGAACAGCUUGAAAACUCCAAACCGCAGACUCUCCGUUGUCUGCGAUGUUAGCUGCGAUACCUCGAAUCCGAACAACCCAAUUCCAAUCUACGACGUUAACACUACAUUCGAUAAGCCUACCAUCCCCGUUAGCGUCUCCAAUCCACCUCUCAGCGUGAUCUCAAUCGACCACCUACCCAGUCUUCUUCCAGCCGAAUCUUCUGAUGCAUUCUCGAACGAUCUACUUCCUUCCAUGCUUGAAAUCCCAAACCGAGCUUCUCAUCCUGUUUGGCAGCGUGCGGAGAAGCUUUUCAGGCAGAAGGUUGCUACUCUUCCUGCCGAGCUACAGAAGGUUGAGCAGUAA